ACGAUAAAACUGUAUACUGUAUAAGUUAGAUCCUUUUCGUUGCAGCAGUCAUAAUAAUGUUAAACCCUGUAAUUGUUUUUUUAAUAUCAUCUGCUUCUCUGACUAUACCUUCGGUGAGUUUAAAUAAAUGUAAUGUUCCAAUUUCGUCGUUAAGAACUUAUGAUGUGCCGCUUUUUUUCCAUGCUGGUGCAAAGAUAAGUGAAAAGUCAUUUGUUAAAGCAAGAGGUGGCAGAAUGAUCUUCAGAGAUAAAGAGAAUGUAAAAGUAGUGUGUCCAAUCGGUAAGACGAAUGUCAAUACAGUGACAAAACGUAUACAGUGUCUAAACAGCAAGUUCGUGGAUGAUGGUCAAUACAAAGACCUUAAAGAUAUAAAGUGUCAGAAUUCUCGUUCCCCUGUACCAAUAACUAAAGUUGUGGGUCAUUGUAAGAACGCCUUUCUAACUGUAUCUGUGGGUUUUCAAAUUGACGAUGUUUUUUUAAACCGUAUCGAAUCUUGCUAUGAUAACAACACUCGUCUUCCUUUAUACACUAAAUCGAUUUUAGACAAAUCAGUUAGUACUUGCCCUACGGGGAGAACGGGAUGGUACAGCACCGGCACUUUUAGAAUUAUGUUACCGGAAAAUAUAGAAGACAUCUACACUAUAGAAAGGCAGAGGCAAACUGUCAACCAAUUAUUAGGACUUCCGCUAAACGACCAAAGUUUUAUUGGCGAUGGUCACAUGUACUUUGCCAGAGGUCACUUAACACCGAAGUGCGAUUUCACCUACCCUUCGGAACAACGUCUUACGCACAACUAUUUCAACGCUGCUCCCCAAUGGCAACAAUUUAAUGCUGGAAAUUGGAAAGUGUUGGAAGCAAGAAUCAAAGACUUCGUGACGAAAUCGACAACCUUUGACUACAUCGUCGUGUAUACUGGGACGUACGGCAUCACAAAAUUCAAUAAUAUCGAUAUUUAUUUGUACAAUGGCCAAAACAUACACGCUGUACCCGUACCUCAAUAUUUUUGGAAAAUCAUUUACGAACCUAUUAGCAAAAAAGCCACUGUGUUUGUAAUAAAUAACAACCCAAAAAGAAUAAAGACACAAGCCAUCUGUACAAGCUUUUGUGAUACACUUGGAUGGCUUAUGAAAGCAGCAUUUCAACCUCGUAACAUUAUGAAAGGAAUCACUUUUUGUUGUGCGUAUACUGAGUUAAUUAGUAUUAUACCUAACUUGCCUGAUAUUAAAGUUUUAGGGUCACUGUUAUAAUUUUGUACAAUUUUU